AUGACCACCGCACUUGGAACCUCUUCCUUUGUCGAAGAAUGGGCUAAGGCUCAGAAGGUCCGGGGUCCUGAUUUGAAGAAUGGUGCCAUCUUCUACAAGAAUCUGGAAGAGGAAUUGGACGCCAACAGAGCUCAGCAAGCCUGUGCAAUGUUCCACACGAACAAUGCUGUGGUGGACUUCUCCUCCUGUGACGUCGUCUCUCUUGGUACAUCUGGUGCUGUGAAGCAGGCUUUCUUCGAGGAACUGGAAGCAAACCCCGACUUUCAGCUGGGUGCCUCCGGCACACGACCCCUCAAUGGAAAUUCGACGUAUCUCGAAACCGUUGAGAGAGAAAUUGCCGAGUUGCAUGGAGUCGAGUCGGCACUCUUUUUAGGAUCAGGUGCUUUGGCCAAUGAAGCAAUUUUUACUGCCCUCGCCCGCCCCGGCGAUGCCAUCGUCUAUGACGAGCUGGUUCAUGCCAGCAUCCACAAUGGGAUGAAGAACAGUCUCGCUCUCUGUCAAAAGCCAUUCCGACACAACGAUGUCAAUGACUUCGUGGAAACUCUCAUGGCAGUCAAAGAGUCGCAGCCCCAGAUCCGCAACGGUCAAAGAUCCAUCGUCGUUGCUGUGGAGUCCUUUUACAGCAUGGAUGGCGAUGGCUCUCCACUUCGUGAGCUGGUCCAGGCUGCCAAAGAGAUCUUCCCGAAUGGCAAUGCGCAAUUCGUCGUAGACGAAGCCCAUAGUUCUGGUUGCUUCGGCCCACAAGGCAAAGGCUACGUGAGCAUGCUCGGUCUGGAGAAGGAGAUUGCCGUGCAGAAUCAGAACUACGGGAAGGCAUUCUGCGGCUCUGGCGCUACCAUUCUCUCCAAUGCCACUGUGAGAAGAAUGUUGAUCAACAACGCCAAACCGGUAUUGUAUUCAACAUCGCCCCCGAAUCUGAUCGUAGCUUCCACCCGUGCUGCGUACCGGUUGAUGAAGGCUGGUAAGACACAAGAGGCCCAAAACAGAAUUCCGGACUUGGUGAAGUUGUUCUUGGAAGAAAUCAUGGAAAACCAACUCUGGGACAAAGCCAACGACGCUGGAUUCCUUCGUAUUCCUCUUUAUGAGCAGGAAGAUUGGGAGUCUCUGCCUUUCAUGAGCCAGAUCUGCCCAGUUUGGACGAAGCCCAAGCACAACCUUUACCUCGCCAUCCAUCUUCAACUGGCCGGGUUCCAGGUAUACCCAAUCAGCUUUCCCAUUGUGCCCAAGGGAACAGACCGAAUCAGACUAGUCUUUCACGGGCACAACACGGACGACGAUGUCAAAAGACUCGCCGCGUCCAUUUGUGACUGGGCCAAAGAGACUAUGGAAUGCGAGGCCUAUAACCGUCGUCAAGGGCCCAACGGUCAGAUUAAGCUAUGCUCUGCAGCCCGCCACGCCCAGAAUUUGGCUUCUAAGGAGGGAAUGAAUGGUUCCAGUUAG